AUGGCACGUCAUUCUGUCGACAUUUACAACAAUACUUCUACGCCUAAUGCCGACGUUGUCUUCGAUGACGCCAACAAGUCCACGGCGCUCCGGAUCAAGCCCAACCGCAUCCUUUAUACAAGUGUGUUGCUUGCGUUGUUGCAACCGUUUCAAAGUGGAUGGUCCACAUCACAGCUCAAUCUCUCUUCUUACAACGAUACUGAUGAAUGCAAUGCACGUCCCGUCGUACCUGGCACGUGUACGCUGUUUAGCGGGCAUUCCAAGCUCGAGUGGACUUUAGCAGUAAAUGCGUGGAUCUUUGGUGCUAUGAUUGGUAGUUUACUAUGCGGUCACUUCAGCGACGUGCUGGGCCGCAAGAAGCUGCUAUUCUUCAACUGUUUUGUUAUGAUUGGUGGUGCCGUCAUUCAGGCCGUUUCCUCCAGCAUCUUGGUAUUUUCCGUCGGCCGUGCGAUUGCGGGAAUUGCCUCAGGUGCUGCUACGGGCACCAUCGGUGCUUACGUGAAUGAACUGUCGCCGCCCCAUCUUCGUAGCCACCUUGGUCUGGGACUACAGAUCUCCGCCACCUUUGGUAUCUUGGUGCCGGCCAUUUGUUUCUUUUUCGUUGACAGUGGAGAAGGAUGGCGCUUCAUGGCCGGUUUCCCCGUUGUGCUGGGCGGUAUCUUUAUGCUACUGUCGCCUUCGCUGGCUGUAGAGAGCCCUUCCUGGCUUCUCAUGAAAGGCCGUCGUGAAGAGGCCAGACAGGUCAUCACGCGUUUGUAUGGCGAGGAGCACAUGCAGACGGCGCUCAACUGGCUCGAGCCCAAGAAGCAGCCAAACGCUUCGGAAGCCGGAUUGUCUACGAGCGUGGAACCCGCCGAGUCGGUCUGGUCGUCCAAGUACCGCAUGCAGUUCCUUGGUGCGCUCCUGCUGUCUUGCACGCAGCAGCUCUCAGGUAUCAACGCCGUCUUCUACUACUCGGGCAGUAUCUUUGCGGACGCCGGCAUCUCGGACUCACGUGUUGGCACGCUUGUCAUUGACUUUAUUAACAUUUGGCCGGCCUUAUUCACUGGUGUCCUGGUAUCGCGUUUUGGCAACCGCAAAAUGAUUCUGUGGGGUACCAUUGGCAUGAUUGUUAUGUCCAUUGGCAUGACUGUGGCGUUCCUUGUGGACGUAUCUGUGCUUUCCAUUGUCUUCACGGCGCUCUACGUUAUCGUCUUUGGCGUCACACUUGGGCCGCUCGUGUGGGUUAUGACGGCUGAUAUGUUUCCGGACUCGGUGCGUGCCAGCGCCUCAUCCAUUUGUAUUGGUAUCAACUGGUUGUGCAAUCUCCUCGUCGGAACUGGUUAUCCAUACCUGGCUGAUGCGCUUAAGGAUUGGAGUUAUGCACCAUUCACGGUGUUACUCUUCAUCUUUUACCUUCUAUCGCUCAAGCUCGUGCCAGAGACGGCGGGCAAAACGAACGAGGAGAUCCAGGCAGAAUACGAGGAACGUCGUCAUCGCUAA